AUGAGAAAAAACAAAACCAAAUAAAUUAUUAUUUAAAAGGAAAAGGAAAAAGGAAAAGCCAUAAGCGUUAGAAAACUGUUAUAAAAUCUCUGUUUCCAUCGUCUAAAAAAACGGAAAAUAUUAUUAAAAUUGGGAACUUUCUCUCUCUCUUUCUGUCUUGGUUUUUAGAGAGACAGAAAGUGAAGAUGAUAAAAAUCUUGUUCACAUAUUAAUAAAAUAUAUAUAAUAAUUGUAAUAAUUUGUAUAUUUAUAUAUAUGGAUGAGAAUGAGAUUCCUAUAAUGCAAAAACCUAUAGCUUAGAAAAAAGGGAGUGAGAGAUAGGAAGAGAAAGGGAGAGAUUGGGAAAUGUGGGAUAAUCGAAGCUCUAGAGUAAUGUGAAUUAGGGUUUUGGAAAUUUUUGUCAGAGAUCGGGUGUCGCCGAAAUUUCCGGGAGCGAAAAAUCGGGUCGGAUUUUGAUUCACUCAACAAGGGAAAAGUUUUAUGUUCUGCACAUUCUCUCAAAUGGUGUUCAGAGAUUCACUUAAGAAGCCAAAGAUGAAAGUAGAAGGGGCAGAACAUGAAUCACAAGUAAUGGCUUGUUUGCAAGGUCACGUUUCAUUGCAGCCUACAGUGUCUUUUAAUCAUAAUUUGAGAAUUUUGCAAGAUGAUUGGCAUAUAUUUACACAUAUUCUCUUGGCUAGUAAAACUAAUAUGAAAGGUGUUGGGCAAGGUUUGCUGGACAAGGAAGUGCGAGCUUUAACUUUUGGUUAUAUAGGACAAAAUGGAAAGGAACCUAUAAUUGUGGCAAGAUCUGGGGAAAAUCAUGAUCGACAAUCAUCGGAUAACAGUCUCCUACCAGGUCUUAAUGAUGACAUAGCAGUGGACAUUGUGGCCCGGAGCAGCAGAUCUGACUACCCAAAUCUGGCUCAUUUAAAUAGAAAAUUUAGGUCACUCAUUGGCAGUGGAUAUUUAUAUAAACUGAGACGUCAGCUUGUCAUAAUUGAACACUGGGUUUAUUUAGCCUGUAAUAUGAUGCCUUGGGAAGCUUUUGAUCCUGUGAGACAGAAGUGGAUGAGACUGCCUAGGAUUCCAUGUGAUGAUUGUUUUACUUCUGCUGAUAAAGAGUCUCUGGCAGUGGGGACUGAAUUACUUGUUUUUGGUCGUGAGUUAUCAGGAUUUGCUAUUUGGAUGUAUAGUUUGAUUACCCACGAUUGGUCUAGAUGCCCCCUAAUGAAUUUGCCUAGGUGUUUGUUUGGUUCUAGUAGCCUUGGGGAGAUUGCCAUUGUAGCUGGGGGAAGUGAUAAGAAUGGCAAUGUUCUAAAAUCUGCUGAGCUCUACAAUUCUGAACUGGGUACUUGGCAAACAUUGCCAGAUAUGAACUUUCCACGUAAACUGUGUUCUGGUUUCUUUAUGGAUGGAAAAUUUUAUGUCAUUGGGGGCAUGUCGAGUCAUACAGAUUGUUUGACUUGUGGUGAAGAGUACAAUAUUGAGACAAGGUCAUGGAGGAGGAUAGAAAAUAUGUACCCUGGUUGCAAUGCAGGUACAUUUCAUCCUGCUAUGUGCUCUCCUCCUUUAGUUGCUGUUGUAAAUAAUCAACUUUACUCUGCUGACCAAGCAACUAAUGAAGUGAAGAAAUAUGACAAGGUUAAUAACUCAUGGAGUGUUGUGAAGAGGCUACCUGUUAGGGCUGACUCUUCAAAUGGUUGGGGACUGGCAUUUAAAGCAUGUGGUAACAGUUUACUAGUAAUAGGAGCUGGAGGACAUGGAGGACGUGCUGAUGGAGUAAUUGUUCUGCGUUCUUGGGAUCCAGAGGAGGGAAACUCGGAUGGACCAGAGUGGAAUGUGCUUGCUGUCAAGGAGCGAGCAGGUGCUUUCGUGUACAAUUGUGCAGUAAUGGGUUGUUAAUGAUUUGCCACACAUAUUUGGUGCAAGCAUCUGACUUGUGGAAGACCAGCAAGCCUUUAUCAAACCUAUGAUUUUUAUUUUCUCAGUAUCAUUAAUUUGUUAUUUUUCUUCUUUUUCUCAUUUAUGGUUCUUCAGAAGAAUAAUUGACCUGAAAUCAAUUUCCGAAAGUUGGCGACUGAUUGUGUAGAUCCCAUUACUGGAAGUGGAAGAUUUAACGUCAUACCGAGUAAUGAGUGUACUUUGGCAUUGAAUUCAUUUCUUUGAAUCAGACAGUGUAAUUCUUGGUUCUGGAUUCAAAUAACCUGAAGGUAGGUACUAUUUUAAUGCAUUGCUUUUUAUGUUCAUUGAAUUGCAUUGAAGUAUGUGGAUGUCAUAGUUUUUUAUUAAAUUGUGUAUAAUUCUGAGAGUUGUUUUUGAGUUGAAGACAGGUAGGAUGUUUCAAUGUGAAGCAGGAAUAAGUUUGAAUGGAAGGAGGCUAUCAUAUGGGUUAGAUAGGCAGAUGAGGGUUGUUACUUGUGUUUUGAGAGUCAUUGGAGCCGAGGGCAGCUCAUUGUGCUAAGUAAUUAUUAAGAGAGUGGUAGGGACGUUGGCUGUGUUAUUGGUGUAUAGGGCUGGAUGGCACAUGGUAGGCUAUGGAUAGUAUACUAAUGGGUUUAGCUAGAGCUAUAGCCUAAAGGUAAGGAUAAAAUUUAUUUGAAUUAUUAUUUAAUAUGUAAAAAAUGUGGAUGGCCCAGCUCUGAAAUUUGAUCGGAAUUCAAUGCAACCCCAAGGUUUUCUUUUGAUAGAGUUUUGAUAGAAAUGGAAGAAAAAAAUUUGUAC